AUGUCGGUAAACAUUACCAUCGACCUCAAGCUUCCCAUGGCUACAGUUGCUACCAUCCAGAAAGGAGGUAAAGUGAACAUGAAAGACUUGCUCUCAUCCCAAGUCGCUGCGCAGAUCACCGAUGCUGUCAGAGCGCUUCCUUUCCAGGUCAACGCGAAAGAUCAAGACUCUUCCGAGGAUUCAAGCGUGGCAAGGCCAUCCAAGAAGAGGCGCCAAUUCGCAAAAGCGAACACAACCUCACCUCCGACCAGCGUGACCCGCACACUCCGAGACGAGCUGGCAGAGGCAGAGGCCCAGCGACGGAUGUGGGCUCGAAUGCAAGAGCGUGUCGAGAAAACCGGCACUCCUGGAAUGCAGAUGUUCGUCAAAAUGCUCACUGGCAAGACGAAAACGUUUGAAGUCCAUCCGACUACCCCUAUUCGCGAGGUCAAGACGAUCAUAGAGGAGUGCGAGGGCAUACCUCUCAAUCUGCAGCGGUUGAUCUUUGCUGGCAAGCAGCUUGAUUCAGGCCCAGAAGACGAUGAUUUCGAUGAGCAGCAGCGCCUGACUUUGGCUGAUCUCGCAGAUCAAGACCUGCAGAAGAGGAAACACGCAAACAAGCGCAAGGAGAAGGAGGUUGGAGCACCGAAGCGCAAGGGCAAGAAGAGACCGGCGUCUGACGAGCACGAGCCACGCACGUCCAAGCGACAGCUGAGAUCUGACACCAGGGCACGACUGCCAUCAGCCGGCACCGGGCCCAUGCAGAUCUUCGUUAAGACUAUGACACUGAAAACAAUUGUUCUCAAUCUGGAGCCAGACUCUAGCAUCCGCAAGGUCAAGCAGCUGGUGCGUGAAGCUGAAGGCAUUCCGUACGAUCAGCAGCGCCUCGUUUUCGCCGGCAAGCAGCUGGAGGCUCCUCCGGAGGACGAUGAUGACGAAGAGCGGGAGGAGAGGACUUUGUUAUCGUACGGCAUCCAACAUGAGUCCACGCUGCACUUGGUGCUGCGUCUGUGUGGCUCCUAA